AUGGGACACAAUAUGAGUGAAAGUAAGAAUCACAAUAUAAGAACUAAGAUGAUUCCAAAGGUGAUUGGUAAGCUCAACUCACUCAAAGGCCUCAAUUUUUCUCAUAACAAGCUUGUUGGUAAAUCUAAAUGGUUAGAUCUCUCCUCAAAUGAGCUUAACGGAAUGAUUCCAUGGCAAUUGGCUGCAAAUCUAAAUCAGCUUGAAUUUUUAAACCUUUCAGUGAACAAAUGGGUGGGGCCAAUACCUCACGGCCCACAAUUCAAUACAUUCAAUGAAGAUUCAUAUAAUGAAAAUUCGGGCUUAUGUGGAUUUCCACUAAUCUCUAAAUCAUGCAACGAAGUCAAAACAUCAUCAUCAACUACUUUUCACCAAGAAGAGAAGGGAUUAUUUAAUUGGAAAAUUGUGUUGAUGGGAUAUGGAAGCGGAAUGGUUAUCGGUAUUUCAGUGGGAUACAUGGUGAUUACAGAUACAAUCAUUGAUGGGUUAAUUGAAACGGUGAAAGGAGAACAGUACUGGUUUUGUUUGGCAAAAAGAUCAAAGCGGAAUGCUCGUCAAAAUGGUAGAAUUCGAAGAAGACAUUAG